AAGCAAAUCGACUCGAGGAACUCCUGGAUCGAUUCUAUCUCGACCUUCCGGAAAUCCUAAAAUGUGACUUCACCAACGGUGCUCCCAAUGAACUACCACCACCACAUGUAUUAACACUAAAUAUGCAAUAUUGGAAUGCUGUGCGUACACCACAGCGUAGAGAGUCUCCAGAUUCGGUUAAUAGUCCAGCAGAUUCAGACGUUCUCAGAGCGACGUCUGCUCGUGCACUUGAUAUUUGCAAACGGGCAGCGGGCCAUGAGGUCGUGUUUCUGGCUUGUCUGUCAAUUGACCAAAAUCCAGUAUCAUAUCAAGGCGAAGAAAGUGGAGAGACUAUUCGUCAUCUGCAGCAAUCCAUGGAGGCCCUCAAAGAGAUUUCGGUUUUGUGGCCGAGUGCAGGUCGCGCUUGGGAACUUAUCAAGGGUACCAGCCGUCUAAACUUUGCCGAUGGUUUGGAAAACCCUUCAGAUGUUUCCUAUGGAUAUCCUCAAGGCCGAUCGGCUCAAAGUUCCUUUUAUAGUACUGCAAACGAUCCAUCCGGUGCACCUCGAGGAUUCAUUCAGUCCAAUACAUCGGCCGAGCAAUCUCUCCCUCCUUGGGGCACGAACGAUAGUAGUUCAGUCCGUCAACCUUUUAAUCCGUCCAUCUCCCAUACAAGGAGCGCUUCUGCAGGUUCUUACAGGGACUAUGGCAAUAAUACAGCCAUGCCACAUUUUUGGUCAGAUCCCUUUACUGACUCGACUUUACUUACAUCCAACUAUUAUGGUCUUCCGAUGGCAAUGGAUCAAUCAGUGGGGACUUCCCUUGAUCAACAAGCAGGCUCUGGUUACGGACGAGUCAAUUAUACGCCCUUCGAUGCCCCCAACUUCUAA